AUGUCGCAACAGACCGCAGCCGAAGGAGGCUCAGCUGCGCAAGAUCCACAAGUCAACCACGAAACGAACGAAGCCAGCCGCAAAGACGGCACUACAAUGGUGCCUCCCGACUCCACGAACGCCCACAUCUCUAUAAAAGCCAAUCAACAUGCGACAAUGUCCUCUGCGACUCCUUCUUCCACUGCUGCAGCCGACUGGGACAACAGCGCCGCUUGCCGGGUAUUCGAGACUCCCGAGCUUUGCGAGAUGAUUCUGUCUUCCGUCAAACCCAUCGAAAUUCUGCGCACUCGCCAGCUGAGCAAGCAUUUCUCCCGCGUCAUCUACAACUCCGUGACACUCAUGCGCAUGAUCUUCCUCUCGCCUACAAACGCAGGACCCAGCGGUAACGCCCCAUUCCGAGAUGCUAGAUACGGAUACCGAGACGGCGGACGCAACUACGACGCUCCCUACAUCCUCAAUCUGGUGCAACGCAACCCUUUCGUCUUCGAUGGCGUCAACACAAGCUGGUCCACAGGCGCACUAAGCCUGAAGCAGAAGUUCGAAGAGUACAUCAUGAGCGACGCAGAGGACCUCCCGGGUGGGGAAAUGUUCAUUACAAACCCUCCAGUCAAGUCGGUACAUUUCUCUCUUGGGGACUACGAGGUCUGUGACGACGACAUUCGCCACAUGCAUUGUGCUUGGGGCGAGAGGACCCACGUCUCACACCUUUGGAAGUCUUGCUUCCACGUUCCCGUCGGUGGAAUUGCGACUACAGACGGCGUGAAGGUGAAGCAUUUGGUGGAGUUCUUGCAGUGGAAGCUGUCGGUUGCCAAUGCAGACGGCGAGCGAAGGUUCACCAUUCAGGACUGUAUUGUGCAGCUCCCGGUGCCAUUCGAGGUCGUCGGCGAUGAGACGGAUCAGAACGCUCCGGGGAUCGGCCAGAUGAGUUAUGCCUGGAUGUAG